UAUAAAAUGAAAUAAACCACUUGAAUAUAGAAACAAAAUAUACACGUAAAAUUUGUUGAUCAUUUAUGAAAAGAAUGAAAUCUGAAGUAUAAACAAAACAAACAAAGCAAAAUGAAAAGAAAUGUUUGGUCUGUUUUUUUUUCUUUCAUAAAAUAUAAGCUUAGCACAGAAUAAUACAGCCCAAUUGACUUCCUCAUGGAAUAUACAUAUAUAGAAAUUAAAAUUUUUAUAUAUUAAAUGUUUAGCAUAUCAUCUCGUAUUUGUCAGUGUCUACUUUAUUCUUCAGUACAGAAAAAAAAUUUGGGCGAUAGAAAGAUGUAGAAGUGGGAAAGCAAAGGAACAACAACAAAACAAUGGGAGAGAGAGAGUGUGUGUAUGUGUAAAUAUGGGUGUAGUUAGUUUUAAACAUUCAUGUAACUACUUAUUAAAUAACUAAAAACGAAUACACACAUAUACAUAUAAAAACCGACAUAGUUUCAUUUUUAACCUAUUCAAUUAGUAUAUAGUGAAUAUAUACAUACUUGUCGGAUUGUAUCAUAGGUUAAAUUAGACUCUCUCUUAUUUAGAUACUAUCUAACGGAUAUCUUAGUUCAUUGUAAUGUAUACACAACACAGUGGUGCAUUUAUUUUUUCGAAGAAAGGAUUUAAAGUAACCAGAGAAGAAAAGAGAAAAAACUUAACACACACCCAGACAAUACACGUCAGACACAAGACUGAGAAAUUUCUUCUAUUUUUUUCGGAAAAAUCUGUAUAUUUAUCAAUUUAUAUGAAAUGUUAUGAAUAGACAGAGGCAUUGUAUACACUUAUUCGAAUAGUUAAACAACGGCGAUGAUGAUAUUGAUGACGUUAAAUGAUGAAAUAAAAACGUUCAUACCCCUUGCUACUACUACUACUACUACUACUACUACUACUACUACUACUACUACUACUACUACUACUACUACUACUACUACUACUACUACUACUACUACUACUACUACUACUACUACUACUACUACUACUACUACUACUACUACUACUACUACUACUACUACUACUACUACUACUACUACUACUACUACUACUACUACUACUACCACAAAUAAUAUUGAAACUAUGGAAUUAAAUUCAUUGAAGUUUGAGAUCACUAUAAAAUGGCUAACUACUACUGCUACUACUACUACCACAAAUAAUAUUGAAACUAUGGAAUUAAAUUCAUUGAAGUUUGAGAUCACUAUAAAAUGGCUAACUACUACUGCUACUACUACUACCACAAAUAAUAUUGAAACUAUGGAAUUAAAUUCAUUGAAGUCUGAGAUCACUAUAAAAUGGCUAUUUAAUACAUAA